AUGGCGACAGAAUCUCGGAGCACGAUCAGCGCCGUCUGCUGGGUGCCUCGAGGCAAGGCCGCUCUGAAUCCCGCGUCCUACGUGCUGGCGUCGCAAGAGCUGGCUGAGCUGCGCAGCCUGAAAGACAGUCUGCUGAAAGGGAGGAAGAGGAAAGAAAAGCAGGCGCCAGAGAAAGAAUCUCGAGACACGCCCUCCGACAAAAAAGAGGAAGAGGACGAAGCAGAUUGGGAAGACGAAGACGGAGACAGCUCCGAGGAAGAAGACGAUACAGGAGAGAGAGAUGAACAAGAUGUAGACAUGGAAGAUGACGAAGAGGAAGAAGAAGGUUCGCAGUUUUUCGGCGUGCUCAAGGAGGACGGCGCCGCCACGCUGAACGACCCGUACCUGCAGAUGGGCGAGGAAGACAGCGAUGAAGAAGAAGCAAACAUCAUUCUGCCCACAGACCUCAUCCUCGUCGCUGCGACGGCUGAACACGACUUCAGUUCCCUCGAGGUGUACGUCUACGACGAAGACAGAGGCAGCUUUUACGUCCACCAUGACAUCCUGACGGGCGGUUUCCCGCUGUGCCUCGAGUGGCUGAACAUCAGUCCGGCGACGCCGGGGCAGGCGAACCUCGUCGCCAGCGGCUCGUUCGAUCCUGAAAUCAGCAUCUGGAAUUUGGAUGUCUUGGACCGAGUCGACGCUGUAUGUACACUCGGCAAGAAGAAGGAAAUGGGUCUGCAGAAGCGCGGGCGCGCUGACAAGAGAAAGCGGCGCGCGAAGCAAACACAGGCUGCCGACGCGCAAGGACGCGCCGAGUCGCGACACAGCACGGAUGGCAAUGACUCCCACGAAGGCCCAGUCAUGUGUCUCCAUGCCUCCCCCAUAAAAAGUCAAAUCCUCGCGAGUGGAUCGGCGGAUGAAACCGUGCGCAUCUGGGACCUGACGAGUGGCGCCUGCCUGCACACGUAUCGGCAUCAUCAGAACAAGGUCCAGGCGCUGCGGUGGCAUCCAGUCGAAGAGGCAGUGCUCCUCUCGGCAUCCUACGACCGCCGCGCCGCCCUUCUUGACGUGCGCCAACCAGACAAAGUGAUGUACGCGCCUCUGAACGCAGAUGCAGAAGCCUGCUGCUGGGACAGGCAUCGCCCCAUGCAUUUCUGGGCCUCUGCUGAAGACGGCAGCGUCAGUUGCAUCGAUGUUCGAAAGCUGUCCAGCGCGUCCUCGCGAGCGUCGUCCUCGAAAGCUUCAAGCGCCUCCCUAGUCUGGUCCCUGCGCGCGCACAAAGGUGCGGCCUCUGGGCUCACCGACAGCAAAAUCAAGGACUUGAUGGUCACGAGCGGCAUCGACGGCGUCGCGAAGCUGUGGCACGUCGCGGGAUGCUCCGGUGCCGCGGAAGCGGAGGCCUCCGCUAGCGUCGAGACUGCGGCGAAAACGGCUGCUCCGUCUCUCGUCUUUGAAAGAGAUUUGAAAGGAGGACCGCUCUACUGCUGCGAAAGCAAUGAAGAUCUGCCGAAUGUCCUCGGCUUUGGCGGCAACUGCGUCGUGCUGUGGGAUAUCACCGACACCGACGUUGUGAAAAGAGCUUUCCACCUCAACGGCUAG